AAACCAUAUUUCACCUACAUCUCCGUGUUCUUUAAAAUUAUCAAGUUCUUCUGAAUAAAUCCUCUCCCAACUGAAACAUAAUUGUGACAUAAAGUAAUGCUUAUCGAGUGUUUCACAUUUACGAAUACGGUUACUCCCGAGGGAGUUAUCGCGGCGACAGCAGAGAGCGUCUGCCGCGCUCUAGGUAUCGAACGCGAGUGGCGCGGCGCUGGGUGCCGCGACGCUUAUAUAAAUGCGCGGCGUCGGCAGGCGCGUUCAGUAUGUGUCAUGCUUUGCGAGCGCGAGCGUCGUCUGUGAUGGCGGCUCGAGUGCGGUUGAAGAUGCAAUGCGGCACCGUCGUAUUGCUCCUCGUUGUCAUCAUCGUGGUGUGUGGUAUGGAUCUUGUGUGUGGAAUGUUCGAGCAUCGUCACUGCAGUCACCAGCAUCCCCGGGCGCACGAGGUUGUUCAUGGCGUUCACAUAGAACCAGCACAUGAAGUGAAAAAGCGGAGUAUCAGUCAGCCGGUUCGGAUCUUGCUAUCGUACGAUGAAAGCGUCUACAGGCUGGAUGAUGAGAAAUUGGACCUCAUAAAUAAUACUAUCUUACCGGAAGCCGUACACUUUUGGGAACGAGCACUCAUGGUCCGUGAGACAAAGAGCACUAUUAGAUUGAGCAGGAAAUGCGAAAGUAGUCAAGUGUUCGUCAAAGAUCAUCACACUCACUGUAUAGAUACCUGUCGAACUACUACAAUGUGCGGUGAAGUAGUCGUGCCCGAAGAUCAUCUUGACGUUUGUAGAACAUGUAAUGCAACAGGACAUAAUUGCGGUAUUGCUGAAGGAAGUAGGGCAGGCCCAGGUAUAGAUGGUGCCGAUUUUGUCUUCUAUGUAUCCGCGAUGCAAACUGCAAGAUGCCAUAAAGGAUUAACCGUGGCUUAUGCAGCGCAUUGCCAAACAGAGGCAGCGUUAGAUCGACCGAUAGCUGGUCACGCCAAUUUGUGUCCGAAUAGCAUAAGCACGAAGCCACAGGAACUAGAAACAUUAUUAAGCACGGUGAAACAUGAGAUAUUACACGCACUGGGAUUCUCUGUAAGUUUAUACGCUUUCUACCGAGAUGAGAAUGGUGAGCCUAGAACUCCAAGGAGAAGCGAUACAGGGAAACCGAUGUUAAACGAAAAAUUACAAACGCAUCAGUGGAGUGAAAACACGAUCAGAACGGUCGUUAGACGAUAUUGGCAGGUACACGGUGGUUACGUGGAAAGGUCGAUGCAGAUGAUAGUCACGCCGAGGGUUCGUGCUGAGGCUCAGGCUCACUUCAAUUGUCCAGAACUAGAAGGUGCGGAAUUAGAAGAUCAGGGGGAGGAUGGCACGGCACUGACGCAUUGGGAAAAACGAGUCUUCGAGAACGAAGCGAUGACAGGAACACAUACGCAAAAUCCCGUUUAUUCGAGAAUAACCCUCGCCCUUAUGGAAGACACUGGAUGGUACAGUGCAAAUUACUCAAUGGCUCAAGAACUGGGUUGGGGGAAAAAUCUUGGCUGCGAUUUUUCGAUGAAGUCGUGCAAGGAAUGGAUAUCUUCGAAAUCUUCGCGACUAUCAGGGAAGUCUAUUCAUCCCUUUUGUAACAAAGUAAAACAGGAUCCGUUGCAAACCGAAUGUACCGAUGAUCGAAGUUCGGUGGCGUUGUGUAAUCUAAUUAAAUAUUCAUUGCCUCUGCCUAAAAAGUACCAGAACUUUGACUCUAUCCCGCACGUACCAGCUGGAGAGGAACAAUAUUAUGGUGGUUCAGUAUCUCUGGCAGAUUAUUGUCCGUACAUUCAGGAAUUCACAUGGAGAGCUCGAAACAUAGUAGUUAGAGGCUCUCAUUGUCUCUACGAAGAGAAUAAUCCUCAUCCAGACAAAAACUUUGCUCUGGAAAAGUAUGGCUCGCAUUCAAGAUGCUUCGAUCAUACAAACCAAAUGUGGGAAGAAAGGGCUUGCAAACAAGCUCGGCAAUGGCAGCAUUGGGGUUCCGGAUGUUAUCAGUAUAAAUGUGAAGCUGGUAGAUUACAUAUAAUGGUUGCAAAUUACACAUACACGUGUUAUCAUGCUGGUCAAGAAAUAACUAUCAGAAUAAUACAAAAUGGUUGGCUUCAUAAAGGAGCUCUAAUUUGUCCUCCAUGUAAAGAUAUCUGUCAGGCGGAACUGAAAGAAAAACACGAAUACUGUAAGCCAGGAGAUGAACAUCCACCUGCGACGUAUUAUCACAGAGACACUUUGCAUUGUGCGUCCGCAGGGACACUUACAAAUUUCUCAUUAUUUGUUGUUUCAAUUUACUUCUUUGUUUUUAGAUGA